AUGUCUGCUGGAUUGAUUUGGGAACAUUGUAAACUUAAUGAAGAACUUAAUAAAUUAAUUUCAAUUCCUUAUACAUAUGAAUUUACUAAUAAUUUUACAUAUGAUACAAAAUUUGACUCUUUAAAGGAUAACGAAGCAAAACGUGUAUUAUCAAAUACAAAUUGUUUUCGUAAUGAUGUUUAUUCACUUCCACCCGGUGUAGAUCCUAAAGUUACUAAUCUUUAUCCACUUUUACAUCAAAUAUAUACUGAAAGUCAUUCACUUACGGAAUAUGAUUUACAAAAAUUAGCAUACAAUAUACAAAACAAUCAUUCAAACACACAUCAACACAAUACUUAUUACAAGGAAUUUAAUACUCCUUAUAGGGAUUCUAAUGGACAGUAUAGGGAAUCAAAUGGUCACUAUAGAGAAUCUAAUGGACACUUCAGAGAUUCUAAUGUGGAUAUGUAUAAUUCAUAUAGAGACUGUUUUGGUGUAUAUAAAACACCUACAUCUACUUUGAGGAAUAUAUUAAAUGAUUAUAGACCAUAUGAUACAAAUUAUGGCGUUUCUGAUCCUUAUAAAUAUUCUACAUUCACUAGUUAUACAAGACCUCAUAAUCUUUUCAAUACUAAUUUAUCAACAAUUAAGUCUUCUGAUACAUCACAAUAUCAUUUUGAUCCCAUAGAUGUACCAACUGAUACUAUUCCAAUAGAUAAAAAUCAAGAUAAUCCAAUGGAUAAUCGCAUGGAUAAUGUUCGUAUGGGUAUUCCAGUUGAUAAUCAUAUGGAUAUACCAAUGAAUAAUCCAAUGGAUAAAGUAAUACCAAUGGAGAAAUUAAAUAUGUUUAAUACUCCAAAUUAUAUAAAAUCUGUUAAUCAUACGGAUAAUCUACAGUAUAAUAGAACAUAUAACAACGGACCUUAUGAUAAUAGACCCUAUGACAAUAGGCCGUAUGAUAAUAGACCAUAUGACAACCAUAAACCCUAUGACAGACCAUAUAAUAUAUAUAAUAGUGUUGAAAAUAGUGUAGAUGAAUUUAGAAAAGCAUUUCAACCAGGAAAUGAGUAUAGAAAUGAGUAUACAACUGUAGAAACACCAAUUCCUGAUACAGCAAGAUUAAACGAUUAUAAUGAUGAAUUUGUUUCAUCAUUUCCAUUUGAAAAGAGUUUAAAUAAUUAUUUUAACAAUCAGGAUUAUCCCGGUUAUAAUGAUGAAUAUCCUUAUGGGUAUAAUCGAGAUCAGUAUGGUAAGAACAUGGAGUAUGGCAAGAAUAUGGAAUAUGGAAUGAAUUUUAAUCCCAAUUCACCAUUAAAAUCAAUGAUGAAUGAUGAUUAUCAAUAUAAUUAUCAUAAAUAUAUUACACCUCAAAGACCAUUUUAUUAA